AUGGCUGAUGCACGGGAUUUCGCUGAGGGAGCUGAGGGAGCUGUCGCGCCUGACACUCAGGCGUCGCCUUCCUCUCCCCAGGCCGCCGCCUCCGAGACCCCGAACCCCCAACAGACUGCGCCAGGCUUAUCAGCUUCCUCGACACACCUGGGUCAGAUCAACGCUGCACGGCGGGGAGCUGGCUCCUCGCCACAUCCCCAGUCAUCGAUGAGCGGGAAAGCGACCGGUGGAUUGAAUCAGGAUAUCAUGGCCAAGAUGAAAGCCUUCUCAUUGUCCCGGCAAGGUGCUCCAUUGCCGCAUACCGCGUCAACGGGGACAGUUCCUACGGCCCAGACGGGCACAGGCGGUGCCCUGGCCGGUCGUCUUCCCCCGAACUCACGGCCCACCCCUCAGAACUGGAGCUCGUCGCCAUCGGUUCCCGCAUCUUCUCCGGGCCCCGCGUCUCCCCGACCUGGCGGACUGGCGGCAAAGCGCAUGAAGCCCGGUCUCAAAUUGUCAGAUGUUACUGGUCCGCCAACUCCGGCUGCGGGAACUGAACAAAAGCCAACCGAGUCAACCGGGGAAUCGGCCUUCACCAAGUACGCCGAGUUUAUCGACACGAAAGCGGGAACACUGAACUUCAAAAACAAGGCUGUCUUACAUGGAGGUGGUGUUGAGUUCUCAUCGGGCCACAGCUUCAACAUUUCUUUGGACGAGGUCGAUCGCUUGGAAGAGCUAGGUAAGGGCAACUAUGGCACAGUAUACAAGGUCCGACACAGUCGGCCACAUCUACGAAAACCAGGGCUUGGUUUGAGUGGCAUUGUCAGUCGGCCAAAGGAUCAGGACGACACACAUUCGGAAGCUGGAUCGACUCAGUAUUCCGGUGUGAUCAUGGCAAUGAAAGAGAUUCGCUUGGAACUGGAUGAAGCCAAGUUUGCACAAAUCAUCAUGGAGUUGGACAUUCUACACCGUUGCCUCUCUCCCUUUAUCAUUGACUUCUACGGGGCCUUCUUCCAAGAAGGUGCGGUAUACAUGUGUGUCGAGUUUAUGGAUGGGGGCUCGAUCGACAAGCUCUACGAGGGUGGUGUUCCGGAGAACAUCUUGCGCAAGGUCACCCUCUCCACGAUCAUGGGAUUGAAGUCGCUGAAAGACGACCAUAAUAUCAUCCACCGCGACGUGAAACCGACCAACAUCUUGGUCAACAGCAAAGGUCAGAUCAAAAUCUGCGAUUUCGGUGUCAGCGGAAACCUGGUCUCCAGUAUUGCAAAGACCAACAUUGGAUGCCAGAGCUACAUGGCUCCCGAACGAAUUGCAGGAGGCGGUAUGCAACAGUCCGGGGCGCCCAGUGCUGGAACAUACAGUGUGCAGAGCGACAUUUGGAGUUUGGGAUUGUCAAUCAUUGAAUGCGCCAUGGGCCGAUAUCCUUACCCACCAGAGACAUUUAACAACAUUUUCAGUCAGUUACACGCUAUUGUCCACGGUGAUCCCCCAACUUUGCCUACCGCAGGUUUCUCUGAAGAAGCCCACGCGUUCGUCCGGGCCUGUCUCGACAAGAACCCCAAGAGCCGACCAUCCUACAACAUGCUGCUUCGCCACCCUUGGCUCGCACCUCUUAUGCAGCCACCCACCGAGUCUGCGGACGAACAGGACCUGUCCGACACACCGGACUCCGGCUCCGGUGAAAAUGGUUCAUCUUCUAUGACAGAGGACAAGGAAGUUGCUGAGUGGGUGAACAAACAAAUCAAGCUCCGAGAAGAGGGCUUGCUCCGUGUCACCGAGAAGCCAGCACUGCAUGCCGUUGCGCUGGACCAGGUCGGCACAGGCUCCGAGAAUGACCCCAACACGAUCCCCCAGACGGACUAA